CACUGUGGGCAGAUACCAGAUAACUUCAGUAUUCCGAGCAACGUGAUACUGGUUACUCUUAUAUGUGUCGUGUGAGUAAAUUUCCCCAGGCAGGAGCAUCACUUCCCCUCUCGCUGUAGCGACACGGGCGGCACUCCUCUCCUACUCACCCGAGGGCCAAGUUGUGUACCUUAGAUGGUCUGGGAAGUAUCUAGACAGCGCCACCAGAGCUAAGAUUAACACGGUAACUAUGUAUUCCUUACUGCUUCUGGCGGUGGUGGUCGUGGCUGGUCAGUCCGUGUCUGAGGAGAAUGCCUUGGAUGGUCAGCUCGUGUCUGAGGAGAAUGCCUUGGAUGGUCAGUCCGUGUCUGAGAAGAAUGCCUUGGAUGGUCAGCUCAUGUCUGAGAAGAAUGCCUUGGAUGGUCAGUCCGUGUCUGAGAAGAAUGCCUUGGAGGAGGUUCUCUCUGCAGUGAUCGUUUCCCAGUUAACGUUAUCUCACCAAACAUCAGUCUUGACGGAGCUACUAACUGCCACACGAGAACGCAACUUCUGCCCUCAAGGUCCGACCUGCCCUUACCCAUACACGUUGGUUCUGGACGAAUGCUUCUACCUGAGUCCACACCUGGUCACGUGGGAGGCGGCGCGUAGGCACUGUCAAGGAAUGAUGGGGGACUUGGCCACACCCAAAUACCUCUACGCCAUCAAGUCAUUCCUACUGAAUAAGUCAAAAGUUGAAGGAGACAUUCAUCUUUAUGUGUUCGUGGGCUUCAAGGACAAUGGAAGAAAUGGCACGUGGAAGUGGUUGGAUGGUCGCACAGUCGACGCCGCAGACUGGUAUCCUGGUGAACCAAACAACCUCGAUGGAGACGAAUACUGCGGACAUUUUCGGUCGCAUUUCGACCCGAUGCUCAAUGAUCACUCCUGCUCGGUUUUCUCCCGAUUUCUUUGUCAGUAUCACCCUGCCAAUUGAGGUUGUUGAGGCGUCUCUCUAUGAAAGGAAUAAGUGGCUUGUUUAAUCUUGUUUUAUUUUAAUGUUUCCACGUAGUUUAAAUAAAAGGCAUUUGCAAAAU